GUGCCAGUACCCAGACGAGUACCAGUGUCAUCAUCACAAUUGAUUGGCAUCUCAGGAUCCCACUGCAUUCUAUACAUUUCUACCAAGAUUCUCCUCACGUCAAAAUGAGCAAAGAUUCAUCAGUGCACUAUGACACUUUUUGAGCCGCUGUCGCUUGGCCUGCGCCUGCACUUGCCGGAGUUUUUGCACCAAAAAUAAUGGGCGGCGCCUGAGAGCGGGGAUACUGUAGGGAGAAGAGAGGGCUGAGACGUCACUGGACUGGUCCUUGCGCCCAUACAGGCACCACUUUGCUGCUAAACCCACCCCGGAACCUUCAACCCCAUACCAUCGCAACUUUACGGGUACAGUACGACGACCACGAUUCACCCACUACAACAAUCCACCUCGACCAGGAGAUAAAGUCUCUCGCAGCGCAUCUGCUGCAGAGUACCAUCCACUCACUUCACAUCACCACAUAACCUCACCUCACAACACCAGCCAAGAUGGAGUCUCUCAAAGCAGUCUUCUUCGGUCCUGAUCCUCAAGCACAAGUAUGUACUGAACUGAGCCCCCGCUCAUCAGCCUCGCAACUCCAGAGCCUCAGUCCAGUCCAACAGCCAACUAACCCUCUCCCCAGGUGCGAAAAUGCAACCAGCUAAUGCGAGCCAACAUACGAAAGCUUGACCGCGACAUCGCCCAACUAAAAAUGGUAGAAAACAAAGCCCGAACGAGCAUCAUCCAAGCCAACCGACGCGCCCAACGCAACCCCGCCCACGCCAAACAAGCAGCCCAGGAGACCCGAAUCUUCGCCCGUGAACUCAUCCGUAUCAGGAAGCAAUCGACGAGAUUAAUAACGUCCAAGGCGCAACUGAAUAGUGUAUCGAUGCAAGUCACCGAAGCCUUUGCCGUGCGCAAGAUCGAGGGCAGUAUAAAAGCGAGUGUGGGUAUCAUGAAGGAUGUCAACAGUCUGGUGAGGUUACCCGAGUUGAUGGGUACGAUGAGGGAGUUGAGCCAAGAACUGAUGAAGGCGGGUAUUAUUGAGGAGAUGGUGGGUGAUUCGAUGCCAGAUCAGAUUGAAGAGGACCACGAAGAGGAGGCAGAGUCGGAGGUUGAUAAGGUACUUGGAGAGAUCCUAUCAGAUCGUAUGGGCAAAGUGGCCGCGACGCCAAAUCUACCAACUCCACCUGUACAGGCCGCUCCCGUGGUUGAGGACGAGGACGAAGAGGAUGCCGAGGCCAUGUUGGAUCAGAUGCGAGGGAGGUUGCAGGCUUUGAAGAGCUGAGCGUAAAACGUACAUAAUGAAUCUUUGG